CAGUGAUUAUUUUUUACAGUAGAGCCGGAUGAACACUUCCGCCUUUGCUUCAGCAGAGUUCACACAAGCGGGAGGAUGAACAACCAGAGAUGUAGCAGCUCAUUCAAGAAGCCAAGAGGACGGACGAGAAUCAUACAAUGUAUCUACGUGGUGGGCUUCAUGGACUUGUUUGGGGUGAGCAUGAUCAUCCCACUUCUGAGCCAUCACGUGAAAGCUCUUGGAGCAAGUCCCUCCGUUGCUGGUGUUGUAGGAUCUACAUAUGGGAUCUUACAGCUCUUCUCCAGCACAAUAGUUGGCAGCUGGAGUGAUGUGGUGGGCCGGCGCUACUCUUUGCUCACCUGUCUGCUGCUGAGCGCGUUCGGCUACGGCCUGCUCGGGAUGUCCACCAGCAUCGCUUUGUUUGUCCUCGCACGAAUACCUGUGGGGCUCUUUAAGCAUUCCCUGUCCGUCUGCAGAGCCCUGCUGUCUGACCUGUCGUCUGACUCAGAGCGCCCUCUGGUGAUGGGACACUUUAACGCGGCCUCCAGCGUCGGCUUCAUCCUGGGUCCUGUUGUUGGCGGCUACCUCACGGAGCACGAAGGCGGCUUUUAUACCUCGUCCUUCAUGUGUGCUGCAAUCUUUCUAAUUAAUGCAGGUCUGGUGUGGAUGCUACCCUGGAGUGAGGCGCUAAUUAUCCGUAAUGCCACCGAUUCCAGCAACAACGCUAGUAAAGGUUGUCAUGACAACAACUGCAGGAAAUCGGUUCAAAACGGCUCUCACGUAAACAAGCACCACCCGGUGUUUGCAGCAGAGACUGUUCCAGCGUCCAGAGCUCCAGAGAAGCACCCAGGUGGUCAUCACACCUGGUGGGAGGCGUCCCUGCUCCAGCCCGUCUGGAAUCAGCUCUCCUCAGUGGGCUCAAAGAUACACAUGGUGGCCUCCUCGGACAUGUGGGACCUCUUCCUUGUGCGUCUCCUGAUGGCCGUAGCUAUCAUGCUUUACUACAGCAACUUCUCUCUGGCAAUGGAGGAGCGUUUCUUUCUCAAACCGAAGGUGACGGGUUAUCUCAUCAGCUACAGCAGCACCUUGGGGGCCCUGGCUGGGUUCCUGGUGGGUCCCGUCACCCAGCUCUACGGGAACAACAUGCCCACUCUGCUGCUUCACUCCACAGUCCUCACCUGCACGCUCAUCUUCCUGUACGCCUCGGCUCCCAGCGUGUGGCAGGUGCUGCUCACCUCCACCUUCUUUGCCAUUUCCACAUCCAUCGGACGGACGUGCAUCACGGACCUGGAGCUGCAGAGAGGAGGGGUCCAGGCCAGCGGGACUCUGAUCGGAGCCGGGCAGUCGGUCACAGCUGUCGGCCGGGUCCUGGCCCCUCUCCUCUCAGGUGUGACUCAGGAGUUCAGCCCCUGUGGUCCCCCCUAUCUAGGAGUGGUGUUAGCCCUCGCCGCCGUGCUUUUACUGCUAAUCAGGAUCCCCAAAUGGGACGGAAGGGGGAUGAUGUUGAAAAUAGACAAACUGGAAAGUCUGAGUAACUGGAUGAAUGUAAGAAGAAAAAAAAAGAAAUCUUCCAAGAAAGAGAAGUGCUCUUCUUUUUUUUUUAAAGAGGCCAGCUCUGAAGAUGUUCAACAGACUCGUAGCGGGGGAAGAUGUUUCCUGCUUGGAACGUGUCUGUAGAUGUAGACGACGUCACAGGGGAAAAAACGGCUCUUCAUCACCAGCAUUGCAGUCCCUUCCCAAAGGAGAGCUGCUCUCGGUGAAGUCAGGGGAUGAGAAGUGAAAUGUGCUUCCUCCCUGUGCGGCGGUUUGAUGAUACUUUAGGCACAUUGCUGCCCGAGAAGAUAUUUUUUAUUUUCAAUGUCUUUCUGUAACCACUUUGUUUUCAAGUCCCUGCUGAUGAUACACGUUUUGUAGUCAUAAAUGACAGGAGACUAUAGGUACUGGUUGGUAAUUAGGCUUCCUGACUGUCCAUAGGUAGAUAACACUGUUUUGUUUUGUUUUUAAAGUUGGUCAUGAUUAGCUGAACUUGUAAUUUUACCUCAAAUCCAGCUGUUUUUCUUCAUCACAAAAAGUUCUUACUGUGGUAAACAAGCAAAUGUUUGAGACUUUUUUACUACACAGAUUUUUCUAUUUAUGUUGGGGUUGUUUUGAAUGGAGAUUUAAAUAUAUAAAAUGGGACUUUUUCAGUUUUAAAUCCAUUAUGAGCACUACCGUCAAGUAUCAGAAGGAAACUUGUAAAAAUGACUAUAAGGAUGUCAGAAAAUCACAAACAGGAUUCUUGCCUGAAACUCACAAGGAAUAAACAACUUCUUUUUUUU